UCAUUAUAGGUACGUAAUACCUAUACACCGUACUAUCAUUUAGAAAGUAGAGGAUAUAGAAAGAGUUUUCCGCUUAUAAGAAGAUAGUGAUACAGUGUUGACAAAUUUAGUGUUGACAAAAAGAUUAAUCAUACACAAGGAGCUAAAGUGAACGUACACGGAAUGGAACUUUAUAAAGACUAUCCAAGACUAUGCACGAUCUGGUGCUUUAUUGAAAUUUUAUUCUACGCAGGUCAACUCUUCGGUUGGUCUUCUCUUCUAUAUGUGCUAAAACAGGAAGGAUUUUACAAUGAACUAUGUAUUUAUACAUCUACAGAAAAUAUAACGAUUGACAAGGCAGACAUUAUACACAGUUUGUAUACAAAUAAUAGUCUUGUAAAACAAUCUACACCAGAAAAGGACGUAACUGCUGCAGCUAAUGCAAUAGAUGUUAUUCUGGAACAUGGAAACAACACUGUACAAAAUUACUACAAUUAUACAAUUGAAAAUGCCGACAACAAUGUGCCUUAUAUUCAAUGGCAGGAAUAUACACCGGACAAUGUUGGAAACAUUGGAUGUACUGAGCAAGACGCCAGACUGAACCUUUGGUUCUCUACAGCAAUAUGUGUCUCCUAUGUGAUGUGUUCCAUCAUGGGGCCAAUUCUUCAGAAGAUUGGUAUGCGUAAUUUCAGGCUCGUAUUUCUGCUGACAUAUAUCAUAGGAGCCUUAUGCCUCGGAUUUGCUACUCCCGAGAUACCAUGGUUAGUUUGCCCAGGACUUUGUUGCAUCGGGGUGGCGGGAAUGGCGUUGUACUCAACCAAUAUACAUGUUUCUUUCUUAUUCCCUGCUGUACAGUCAACAAUCACGGCAGUGUUUGUUGGACUUUAUGACGCCUCAACCGUUGUGACUUAUUUAAUGAAGGUUGCAUUUGAUGGUGGAAUACCCAGAAAGUACUACUACAUUGGCCUGUCAGUUGUCCAUCUGGUCCUUAUUGGCACGAGUACGUUCCUGUUCCUGCCCUGCAUCAGGAUCAAGCCCAGACACUCAAACACACGCACUGGAAAACCUGAAAAGAUACUGAGAGAUGAACAGGAAGAAAAGCAAAAAUUUAUACAGAACCAAAAUAAAGGUAAUUCUAUAGAUUUUGAAAACACAGUAGAGAAAUUCUUAUAA